AUGGGAGGCGGCGACGCGAGCGGCGCCGCCGCGAGCGCGCAGGCGGAGGAGACGCAGGAGCAGAAGCGGGCGGCGGCGGCGGCCUACGACUACGACGGCGACGCGCGCUGGGCCGACUACUGGUCCAACGUCCUCGUGCCGCCGCACCUCGCCGCCAAGCCCGACGUCCUCGCCCACUUCAGGCGCAAGUUCUACCAGCGCUUCGUCGAUCGUGAUUUGGUGGUCGAGCCGAUGUCAUCCACUGGUUCCACUCCGCCGAGCAGGCCAGACGUAAGGUCUUCACCUCCAGCAUCCAGUGAGGGUGUUAGGGCUCGCAGUACAGGUUCUAGUUCCAGGUCGGCUGCCCCACCACCACCACCACAGACAAACACGGCUGCAAACACAUUGCGUUUCGAUGCACGGACUAUACUUUUUUCCAUAAAUGCCUGGGUACUGGUUGUUGCUGGUCUGGGAAUGCUUCCGAUUUUGCCAAAACAUCUUGCAGACAGAGCUUGCAAGCUUUCUUUGCUGGGAACUGUCUUAUCCUCAGGAUAUUCUUUAUACAGUACCUAUGGGAAACCAAGCGCGUUGAACAUGCCUGCAAUUCAGGGUUGGUUGCAGUCGGUACUUGGAGCCAAGGACUUUAUCCGUUUGAUGUUCUCUUUGUUGCUCGUCACGUCUCAGCUGCAUUUAAGGAUUGCUGCACUACCUGUCUUCUGCUGGGCACUUGAUCAUGUUGCCAGAUUCCUAAGGCGUAAUUUUACCCACUCAUCUUUCUACAGGGGAUACUUGGAAGAGCCUUGUCUCUGGGUGGAGACAAAUAGCACAACAGUCAGCCUCCUUAGCUCAAAUGCCGAACUUGCCUUGGGGUUUCUUCUGAUCAUAUCACUGUUCUCGUGGCGACGCAACAUAAUUCAGACAUUCAUGUACUGGAAUGUGUUGAAGAUGAUGUACCGCGCGCCUGCCACAUCAAGCUAUCACCAGAGCGCGUGGGCAAAAAUCGGGCGGACCAUCAACCCAUACAUCCACCGCUACGCUCCGUUCCUCGAGACACCCAUCUCCGCUGCCCAACGGUGGUGGCUCAGGUAGCAAGACACGGUGGAUGAAAUCUGCAUCUCGCUAGCAGAAAACGAACAUAUUACUAGCUUUGACCUGCCCCACUGGACAGUGGUUUUAAAACUCUGUAUGCUCGAAAUUCAGAACUCGAAUCAAGCACCUAGCUGCUUCUGUGAUGCGGUUGUGCGAUGUACUUUUCACGGUUCGACUGGUAGGCUGAACAAGAGAUGAUUUUUCUACUUUAGCGGUGGAUCUUCGUACCUCUGCGCUGAUUAGCUUUGGACCCUCGAGUACCUUGAAUCACAAUGCUGUCAUGCUGAAGUCCCUGGCCUUGCUUGAUUUGGGUCUC